AAUAUUAUUAUUAUUUAACAUUUUUUAUUUGAAUAUUGUUUUUAUAAUAAUAAGAUAUUAAAGUAAAAAUUACAUUAUUGAUUAUUUUAUAGAAGCUUGAUAAUAUCAAACAUGGCGCUUGGAUGGAAUCCAUCAAAAAAACAUAGCGAUCGCGAAAGAUGGAUUUGUAUUUAUCCAGUUUAUCUAAACAGCAAAAGAACAUUAGCAGAAGGACGAAAACUUGCAAAAGAUAAAUGUGUUGAAAAUCCAACACAUCAAGAAAUUCGUGAUGUUUUGGUAGCAGCUGGUUUUAAUGUUGGAGUAGAAAAUAAAUUACAUCCACGAGAGCGUAGCAAAGAAUUGUUAUAUCGUGGACGCAUCCGCGUACAAUUAAAAAAUGAUGAUGGUACUCCUGUAAAAUCUGAAUUUCCUACUAGAGAUUCUGUUUUGGCUUAUGUAGGUACCACUAUUCCAAAAUUAAAAACUCGCCAAGGAAAACAUUCAAGUGGUGAACAGUUUUCACAACCAUCAAGUUCAUCAUCGAAGAAAGGAAAAGGAAAAGGACGGAGGUGAUAAAAUGUGAAAUAACAAAUAUUAAAAAAA